AUGAUUCCAAUAUUUAUUGAAAGUUUAAUUAAAGAGUUUAACUAUCCUAAAGGAAAUAAUGAUGAAUAUUAUAAUAUUUUAUUACGAUGUAUAUCUUUUAUUUCAAAAGAAUAUUUAGCAUUAGCAUUGUUUUAUUUUCAGAAGUCAGAAUUCAUUACUUCUUUUGGAGAAAUGACUGAUAAAUUAAUUGUUCUUAAAUCUUCAAAAAGAAUAGUAUUAUUAAAUCAACUUAUUGAUAUUGGAAUUAUUGUUUUUUCUUUUGUUGAAAUUCCAUUUAUUCCAAUUCAAAUUAUUCGAGUUAGAUUUGAUUGUAUUGAAGAAACAAAAGUAAUUCUUUUAUUAUUUAAGUCUUUGUUAAAUAAUUUAAAUUCUAAAAUAAUAAAUAAAAUAUGUUUAAAUGAGACAAUGACAAAAGCAUUAGAAUUAACAAUUCAAACAAUGAAUAAUAUUAUAUUAAAUAAAGAUAUAUUAAUCAUCAUUGAAACAUAUCUUCAAUUUUUAUGUUUAAGUUGUAAAACUGAUUCUAGAAUAUUAAAUAUUCACAUUCAUUCAUUAUUUUUUAAUAAAUUAGUAAAAAUAUUAUUAACAUGUACAAAUAAAUUAAUGAAUAAUGAAAAUAGAUAUCUUAAUUCUAUUAUUGCAUCAUUACAACAUUUAUGUUUCUUUGGAAAUGGAAUAGAAUCUUAUCAAUUUCAAAAAAUUAAAAAAACUAAAGUAUCUAACCCAAUUCGUAAUGUAGAAUUACCUUCAGUUUUAAUGCGUUUACUUGAUUGUCCACCAUUAGUUCUUUCAGUUUUACAAUCAUUGAAAAUAGUUCUUUUUAGUAAUUCACAAAAUUAUACAUUUUUACCUGCCUAUAUGGAAUCUAUUUGUUUAAUGAUUACUUCUUUUAAUAAAGAAGAAAUAGAAUAUGUUUUUCAAAUGUUAGAAUUUCUUUUUAUAACUUUACAAGCAAAUCCUUCAAAUUAUCUUGAAUUAUUAAAACCAUUAAUUAAUUUUAAUACAAUAUCUAAUACCUCUUUAUUAAUUCCAUUAGUUAAUUUUAUUACUUAUUUAGUUGGGUCAAAUAGAGCUACAUUUCAGAAUGUAAUGUCUGUAUUUAUUCCAUUAUUUUUUCAAGUUCUUUUUGAGUCUUUUAAUCAAUAUAAUGAAGAAAAUGAAAUUAUUAAUAGCUUAGUAAAAGUUAUUUGUAUUUUAUUAGCAGGUAAUAAAACUAAUUCUAUAACAUUAAUAAAUGAAAAUAAUACAAUGGAAUGUCUUAUUAAUGUAUUUAAUAAAAAGUCUCAUUUCAGAAGAGUUAUUACCUUAAUAAUAAAAGAAAUAGUACCAUUAAUUCCUUCUGACCAACUCACUUUAGUUUUAAGUUUUUUAUUUCAAGAUAUUAUUAUCGAUAAUGAUCCAUUAAGUAGAUUAAAAUCUUCAAUUGAAAUUAUGGAUCAAUCAGUCAUGUCAAGAGAAAUAUAUGGUUUAUCAAAUAAUUUUGAAUUAUUUACUUCUUUUAUUUUAAAGUGGAGGUAUAAUAAAAUUAAUGAAGACUAUAAAAAUACUUCUCUUAUCUUUCACCGUUUACUUAUAUUACAAACAUGCAUUGAUUCAUACAUUAUUGGUAUGAGAGAGUGUUCAGCAAAUAGAGAUAGAUUAAAAGCUUCUAUUUCAAACGAGUUUAUUGAUGACUUUGUCAUUUAUAAUCCAUGGAAAGAAUUUGAUUUGUCUAAUAUCAUUGCUAUGAUUCUCUCUCUCAUCAUAGAACAACCAGUAAAUAAAUCAUUACCAUUACUAACAGAAAAACAUCUUGGAAUCAGUAUUGUUAAUUGUUAUUUACUUCCAAGCUUAUUAAAUGGAAUGAAGUUACUUGAUAAAAACCAACGAAAUUGUUUAUUUAGUAAUCUCUUAAAUUCACUAAAUAAUGCAUACUCAUUAUAUGGAACAUACGUUUAUGAUAUUCUUAGUUUAUUAUUGACUGGAUUUGAAGACUCAUUAGAUGGAGGAAUAUUAACUGAACUAAUCCAAAAGAUUGGUAGAUAUGCCAUAAAAAAUAAUGAUUGUAAGUAUCUUUUACGUAAAUUGAAACAAGGAACUAACACCUCAAAUCUAAUUUCUCUUCUUAGUUUCAUUUCAACAGGGGUUACUAUUGGUGGAUUAACAUUUGAUACAUCAGAUAAAGUUGCAUAUAUAAAGAAUUAUGUUUGGUUAGACUCAUUUCCAAUGGUACUUACUGGAUGGCUACAACUUGGUCCUGGGUUUUAUAAAAUUUUAGAAAUUAAAACAAUGUCAAAUUAUGGUGAGCUAACGUUCUUUGUUAAGAAUGGAAUAUUAGAUAUUACUUGUAAUACUAUCAAUUGUAUAUCUGUAAAAGUGCCUGUUGGUGUGUGGUUUCAUUUUGCUCUUUGCUGUGAUGAGAUAUCUACAGUGUACAUUAAUGCAAAGAAAGUUGGAAAAAUUAUUCAAAACAUGGACAUAUUACAAGGUAGUUGUUCUAUAUGCUUAGGGCACUGUGGUAAUGUUGUUUCUCCAGGAGUAUUUCGGAUUGGAGAAUGGAUGAUUAUCAAUGGAUUAAAAACAAAGAGUGAAAUUAAAGCAAUGUAUGAAUUAGGAUCACAGUACAAAGGGAGAUACUGUGCACAUUGUUAUGAUGACUCACGAAGUUUAAGAGGUAUUGGAAAAGUCCCUUUCAUUCAAAUUGAUAGACAAGAUUUAAUUUAUGUUAUGAAUGAUCUUAUCAAUAAUAUAUCAAGGACAGACUUAGAGAUAGAAGGAAGAGUUUGUCCAACAUCACCUUCCCCAUUUGUUGAAUGUAUUUGUAAAUGUGGUGGAAUUUCUGUAUUAUUGUCAAUAAUAGAAAAAUCAACAACGACAGUAGAGUUAUGUGACUCAUUACAAAUACUAUUGUUUUGUUUAAGAGGUUCAUCCGAACUUUAUUCUGAGGCAUUAAAAACACAUUCAUUUCAAAUUCUUGUUCUAAUAUUAUAUUCAAAACACAACCUCAUAUCACAUGGAGUUUUACAAGUAUUAUUAGCGUUAUCAGGAAUUGGAACAAGUUAUGAAGAUUUUAGUGUAACUCAUCCUGAGAUAUUAACAACACUAGCUCUUGAUUUUAAAAUUGCUAGGUCAUGUCCAAAUGGAAUUGAAUAUAUAUUAAGGAUAUUAAAAUCAGUUUAUGACUUUUCUCCAGUUUCUGCAUCAGAGUCUCUAAGAGGAGGUGGGUUAAUGAGUAAAUUAAUGUACCUUUUUAUUGAUGAAAGUACUGAAAUAUCUGUUUUUCCGUAUGUCACUGAUUUACUUACUUGUAUUCUUUCUAUAAAUUGUAACAAAGAAGAGGUUUCUACAGUCAUGUCAUUUGCUUGUUAUUUUCUUCAAGUAUUUGAUAAAAUUGAUUCAGGUACUCACCUUUCAUUUUGUUCAUUUAGAUGUUCACAACUUCUGACAUUACUGGAUCAAAUUGUUUCUGUAAAAGGAGUUUUACCAGGAUUAUCUUCUUAUUUUAUUUAUCAGUUUAUUAAUGUUUCAAAUCCACCAGAAUCAAUUUUACCACCAUUACUUCAUCUUGCUGCAAAUCUUUCAUUUUUAUCUUCAACAUUUUGUUCUGAAUUUUAUUCAGGAAUAAACCAAUUAUUACAAGUAGUUAGUUUAUUAAUUCUCUCAAAAGAAUCUAUAAAAUCUUUAUUUUCUUUACUACUUAAAUCAUCACCAAAUGAAUCUCAAAUUGUUACUUCAACAAUUCCAGAUAAAAAACAAUUUCAUUGGUUGUAUUUACAUAUUUUAUUUAAAAUGGUUCAUCAUUCUUUAUUAUCUGAAAUUCAAUCAAUAAAAAUAUAUAAUUCUUGUUUUAUUAUAGAGACGUUAACAAAUAUAUUACGACAAUUCUAUUCUUUAAGAGGAGUAAUUACCGAAGAAGAUAAUAUUUUAUAUUCACUAUUAUCUAUUAUGAAUAAUUCAAAUGAGGAAUAUAUUUAUUCAUUAAAUAUAACAAAAGAACAAAAAGGUUUAUGCGGAGAUAUAGUUAAAUUAAUUGGAUACAUAUGUGCAGCAACAUUAAGAGAUGGUUUGAAUUAUCAAAGAGUAAUAAUUGGAGCAGCACUAAUACAAAAGAAUAAAGAGUUUGUAAAAGAAAUUAUUAAAUCAACAAUCCUUCAUUUAAAAUCACUUCAUUCCACAAUUAAUAUUCAUCGUUUAUCAGAGUUAUUUGUUCAAUUUUCAGAGAAUUUAAUAGAUUUGUCAACAGUUUCUGAAAUUGGUAUUUCACUUAAUUUUUGUAUUGAAUCAAUUUUUAUGUUAAUAAAUAUUUACGAACAACACCCUGAAUUACAAACAAUUGAACAAAAUAAGAUUUGGAUCAAAAUGAUGGAUCGUAUGAAUAUAUUAAUGUUUAACUAUUUUGAAGAACAGUCAUUCUUAUUUGUUGCUCAACACUUCCACCAACAAGACUUCUUUUUAAGACAAAAACAUUCAGAAGAGUUUGUUCCUAUAAUGUUUUGGAUUAUUGUUCAAAAAAUACCAAAAGGAACAGUAAACGAUAUAACAAUAUUGUAUUGUGGAGUUCUCAAAAGACUAGUUAUGAAUUGUAUGAGUGCAUUUGAUAAGUUCAUUACACAGAAAGAGUUAAGAGAUCAAAUUAAGUCAAUGCUUCAAAUGAGUACCGAAGAUAUUGUUGAAUUAAUAAAAAAUAAUCAUAACACUUUCUCUAAACUUUGUGAAAGGAGUGAAAUAAUGUUAAAAGAGUUUAAAGAAGAACAAAAGAAAAGAAAAGAUGAAAUUUCAUUUGUUGUCGAAGAAGAACGAAAGAUUAUUGAAAAAUAUCAAAGAACAGAAAGAAAAGAAGGUAAAGAAAAAAAGAAAAAUGAUGAAAAGAGAGUUGCAGUUAUUUCUCAAUACGUUAAAGAUAAAGAAAGUAUCGAAUGUAUGUCUGAUUCAUUAAAGAUGAGUGUUAAAGUAGAGUGGGAAAAAAUGAAACUUAAAUUAAUAAUGCCAAAAGGUAUUUGGGAAGAAGAUGUUGAAGAGUAUAUGAUAGAUGAUAUCCAAAGUUCAUUUGGUAUAAGAAGAAGAAUUGUAAGAGAUUAUAGAUUCAAAGAAAGAUACGAAUCCCAAAUUGGUGAGUAUGGUAAAAUAAUCAAAUUACCAAUAAUACAAAAAAAUUAUGAUAUUGAGGUAUUAACAACACCAUUUGGUGAAGAAGAGGAGAUAUAUUAUUGUACUCAACUUUAUGGAUUAGAAGAAGUAGAAAGUCAAAUUAAAAUAGAUGAAAAGAAAUUUAUUCUGAUUAAUUAUAUAAAUACAGACCAUUGUGACUGGAUUAAAAUUGAUUGGAAUGAUAUUGUUUGUAUUAUAAAAAGGAGGUAUUUGCUUCAAAAUAAUGCUAUUGAAAUAUUAACGUGUUAUGGAAAGUCAUUGUUUUUAAUCUUUGAACAUAAAUAUGAUAAAAUCAUUAAAAAAUUCAUGAAAUAUAAAAGUGAAUCAUUUGAUAUUAUUCAUGAAAUUGAACCACCAAUUAAUUUAAUUAAUAAAAUUGGAAAAGUAUUUAAUCAAAUAGAUGAGAUGACUGAAUUAUGGAAGAAAGGUGAAUUGUCAAAUUUUAAUUAUUUAAUGUAUCUUAAUACUAAAGCAGGAAGAAGUUUUAAUGACCUUUCUCAAUAUCCUAUUUUUCCAUGGAUAUUAAAUGAUUAUACCAGUAAAACUAUUGACUUAAAUGAUGAACAUAUUUAUCGUAAUUUUGCUUAUCCAAUCGUUGCUCAAACUGAAAACAAAAGAGAAAAACUACAGAUUAAGUUUCAAGAAAAUGGAAGUCAUUUUGGUAAUCACUACAGUUCACUUGCAACAACUUUGGUAUUUCUAUUUAGGGCUGAACCAUAUAUGAAAAUGCAUAUUCAAUUGUUUGAUGGGCAUUUUGAUACAGACCGAUUGUUUAAUUCAAUAAGUAAAUUCUUUGAUAACUUGUCUGCUACACCAAUUGAACUUAUUCCAGAGUUUUUCUUCUUACCUCAAUUUCUUAUCAACUUUAAUACAAUAGACUUUGGUAAACGAAAAGAUAACAACGUUGUUAAUAACGUUGAAUUACCUCCAUGGUGUAAUGGCAAUCCUCGUCAGUUUGUUAAUAUCAAUAUGAAAGCAUUAGAAUCACCAUACGUCAGUCAACAUCUUAAUGAAUGGAUUGAUCUUAUUUUUGGUUAUAAACAACGAGGAAAGAAUGCAGAAGAAGCAUGUAAUGUAUAUCCACAAUGUUCAUAUGAAAUUGGAGAUUUAUCAAAAAUGAAUGAAAAAGAAAGACAAACGACACUUGAUAAAAUAAGAAAUUUUGGACAAACUCCAAUUCAAUUGUUUAAGACACCUCAUCCAAAGAGAGAAGUUAGUUGUACAAAGUAUAACAUUGGAGUAUUUGAACAAGAUAAAAAUUAUUCAUUAACUGUUGUAAAUAAAAGUGGUUUUCCAAUUGGAGAGAUGCUAUUUGAUGAGAAAAAUGAAAUUAUAAUAACACGAAAAGGAGAAAUAAUUAUUCCGAAUGGAAGUGUUCAAGUUGGAAGUGGUGGAAUUAUGAGAAUAGAACGAAAUGGAAAGAUAAUGAAUAUUGAAGAAUGUCAAAAUGGUUCAAUUCUUAUUGGUGAUGAACGAAAUGUAUUAGUUGGAGGUGGGGAUGGUAGUAUUCAAAUCAUUGAUAUUAGUACAGAUUCACCAAAGAAACGAGGAAGAUUAUGUGGGCAUGAUACUGCAAUUACAUGUUGUGUAAUUGAUAAUAACAAUAAUAUUAUUAUUACUGGUGAUCAACAUGGAAUUUGUUUGAUUUGGGAUAUUGGCACAUUAAUGUGUUUACAUGUAAUUGAAGUAGGAGAAUGCGUAAUUGGAUUAGAUAUUAACAAUGAAACAGGAAAUUUUAUUGUAUUAACACAACACCAACUUCAUUAUUAUGAUAUAAAUGGUGAUUUAAUCGGUCAAAGUCAAAGUCUUGAACAUGAACAAUUCACUUCUGUUGUCGUUACACAAACACCAAUGUGGAAUGAUAAAAUAUUCGUUGUUGUUGGUAAUAUGAAAGGUAAUGUCACAUUUUUGCAAUUAACUGACAACUUUGAGUUUAUUCUUUGUCAGACUAUUCCUAGCCAUCCAACACCAAUAGAAUCUUUGAAAAUUUCAAAUGAUAAUACUUCCAUUUUAAUUGGACAUGUAAAUGGCAUUGUAAUUUGUUUGAAUUAA